AUGUAUUUCUCUUUCUCUUAUCUACUGUUUUUACUUUUCCUUCAUCUGUCAUUUCUUUUCCAUUCUAUAUUUAUUCUUUCUCUUUUCUUUUCUCUUUCUCACCUUCUCCUUUUUUUCUUUCUUCUUUUUUCUUUUUUACUUAUCUUUUUCUUUCUUUCAUUUUCUCUUCAUAACUUUCUCUUUUUAAUUUCUUGUUUCUUACUCUUUUUUUUAUUGCUGCUUUUCUCUUUUCUUUUAUUCUUCUUUUUCUUCCUUUGUAUUUUUCUUUUCUGUUAUCUUUUUCUCUUUCCUUUUUUCAUUUUAUCUUUCUUUCAUUCCCUUUCCUUUUCCUUGUUUCUUUUCUCUUUAUUCCUCGAAUUUUUCUUUUCCUUUGCUUCUUUCUUUUCUUCUUGUUCUUUGCUUGCUUUAGACAAUUUCUUUAUUUACAAUUCCACCAUUUUAUUCUUUUGUUAUUGUCUUUCAUUUUCUUUCCUGCACUUUUCACUUUUCAUUCUUUUCUCCUUUUUGUCUGUGAAUAUAUUCUUUCCUUCACCAUUUUUUCGUUUAUUUCUUUUUAUCUGCAUCUAUGCAUCAUUCUCUAUAUUUCCUUUUCUCUUUUUUCUUCCUUGUCAUCAUUUCCCAAUUCACUGGAAACACGACCCCACCCUGCUGGAAAUUUUGCUAUCUUUUAUUUUUCCUUCUUUUUAUUCUUCUCAGCCUUUGAAUAUUUCUCAUUCCAUUUCCUUUCAUUGUAUAAGUUCUUCCAUAAACAAACCAAGCAACAUACAGAAUUAUUUGUUCUUACAUAUAUUUAAGCUUUUCCACUUUCUUGCAUUCUCUCUAAUAGUUCCUCUCUCUCACAUCUUUUUUACCAUAUCUCUCUCUCUCUGUCCCUUUUAUCUCUCUAAUAAUUUUAUGCAUCUGCUUUUUCCAAAUUCACAUUUCUUUUUUCCUAAUUCUUUGUAUUUGCCAACUCUUUUUUUUCUUCAUUUUCUUUUAAUCUUUUCUACCAAACCUACUUUCUUUCUUUCUUUCUUUCUUUCUUUCUUUCUUUCUUUCUUUCUUUCCUUCUUUCUUUCUUUCCUUCUUUCUUUCUUAAUAUCUCCAUACUUAUUUCUUUCUUUCUUAUUCUUUCUUAAUAUCUCUCUACUUUUUCUUUCUUUCAUUCAUUCUUUCUUAAUAUCUCCCUACUUCUUUCUUUCUUUCUUUCUUUCUUUCUUUCUUUCUUUCUUUCUUUCUUUCUUUCUUCCAUUCUUAAUAUCUUUCUUUCUUUCUUUCUUUCUUUCUUUUCUUAAUAUCUCCUUCUUAUUUCUUUCUUUUUUUCUUUCUUAA